GUGGCAAGUGUCACAUAAAUCUACAUUGAGGGCACAACAUUUACUGGACAAAGGCUGGAACAAAAAAAUAUAUCGGAUAAAGUAAGCAGGGUCACGCUGAAGAUGGAGGAUCAGUCACUGGUGGAUCACAUGACUAGGCUGAAACUUAAACUACUGGAGAAGAGACUGGAAAAUGAGCGUGACAUGGCUGAGGAAUCUGACACUGAGCCUAGCACUGCAAGAAGUUAUGAUGGCCAUGAGGAGGCACUGCAGUCUGCUUUGCGCAGGAGGAAGGAUCUGCUGCACAAACUGAGAGAACAACACCUCCUUGAAGAGAUCGCUCGGCCCCACACUUGGGAGGGCACACGUCGCAAAAAAUUCAGUGCGGAACCUCUUCAACCAGUGGCCCAUGUGCCGUAUUACCAUCCACCACCUCCUGCUGAGCCGCCUAUACGCUUUUAUCCUCCACCACCUCCUCCAGAACCUCCCAGAAUCAUCCAACAACAGUUACCUCAGCAGCCAGCAACUAUAAUUCAGCAGUUACCUGCACAGCAGCCGCUCAUCACUCAAAUUCCCUCGCCACAGGCUUUCCAGCCACCUCCUCGCUCAGGCAGCAUAAAGGAAGACAUGGUCGAGAUGAUGCUUAUGCAGAAUGCACAAAUGCACCAGAUCAUUAUGCAGAAUAUGAUGCUAAAAGCACUGCCCCCUCUUGCACUAACACAGCCUCCAACCAGCACACCCCAACCACCAGUCCAGCCACACCAGGAUUCACACUUUGCUAAUCCUGUAAUUAUGAGAGCUGAAAAGAUUAGACCGUCCUCUGUGCAUCAUCACCACCAUUACACCCCUCCUAAUCAGUCACCUCUACAACCUACCAUGCAACCAGGACACGGAUAUCCUAUGUGGUCACAAAUGAUGCCUUCAAAUCACAUGGGACAGAUGGGUGGAUUCCCCCCUGCCAUUCACCACGUGACAGGCCCAACCUCCACACUACCUGCAUUCAAUACACUUCCCAGUGGAUUAUGAUACAGUGAGCUGACAGAGGACAAAGAUCAAAAGAGCAGAGUGCAAAAAAUCUAAAUGAAGAAUAUACAGAGCUUAUACGUGAUCCACGUGUUCAGCUGAAAGUAAACACGCAACAUAUGCACCAUUUCCCUGUAUAAGACAGAUUCUGGAACAAGCUACAAUAACAUCAUCAUGUUAUGAAGCUGACACAUGUUAUAUGAGCUGGGGGGAUGUAAUUCAAUUUCUCUCAGUAACCAAGACUGACUUAUCAGUAUACAUCUGACCACUUAAUUACAGAUCCUAGCUAGCACUGCAAUAUCUUGAUCGGGUAUAUUCUAUGACUCAUUAUUUUGUAAUACAAUUGACCAGAUAAAGAUAACAAUUAUGUUAAUUUUGUAUUUUUUGUAAAUUUAAUCCAUUAAAAGUUUUUCUAACUAAAUAUUACUUAGCAUCACCACCUUCGUUGGUAAUUACAAGCAAAUUUGCUCUUCUCUUUUCAAAUCAAUAUUUAAUUUAUUUUUGUCAGAUAUAAAAAGCUCUAUAACGAGUGAUGGUAUAGUGGCAAAUACAACAGAAAAUAGGUGAGCAUUUGCUGAAACGGGGGUGCUAUAAAAACCUCAAUUAUCACCACAGCAAUGAUUAAAUCCAAAAAAGAAACCGUCCAGCCAGCACUCUCCAAACAUGUGAAGUAGUGCUUAUUGACCUAGUUCAUAGUAAAAAGCAGACAAAUUGCAAUGUUUUGACUAACAUAGUGUUUGUUAGGCUUGAUUACUGUAUUCAUUGAAACAUUGCCAUUUGUAUGUGUGCUGCUAUGCACUGAAUACAAUGACACUUAACAUUUUUAUAGAGUGCUGGGCUGUUUAUUUUUUUUGAUGUUCUAUAGACAAAUGAUCUCAUCGUAACUUCCAAAUAAACAGAUGCAAAAAAGGAAAUAUUUACAUUUUAAGGAAAAAUGUUCAUUAAUGUAUGCUUCUCUUCUAUCUGAAAAUAAAGGUUUUACGAUAAUUGUUUUAAAAAAUAAAUAAAUACAUUAAUAAAAUCUGAUUUUUAUAUAU